AUGAAAGCAGUACUGAGCACGAACUUUUUAUUUUCAGGUGAAGCCAGCAUCAUAUUUGAUCCACCAUCACCACCGAUACAGUAUGUAUUUAAUGUUGGUGAAGUUCGCCUUGCGUGGCAUUAUAAAGUAAGUUUUAUGUUUUGUAUGCAACAUUAGCCUGGUUGCACACGAUUUAGUCGGCGAUUAAAAUUAAUGAAAUCCUGGCGUGUGCAUGCAGUGUCAUUUUUAAGCGAUUUUGGGAAUAUCACAAUAAUUUGAUUUUAAUCUUGUCCGAUUAAAAUCGGCAAACUAAAAUCGUAUAGUGUGCGCCAGGCUUUAGAAAGAUUUGUGAUAUGUACGCAUUGGAUGUCAGCGAAAUUCACCUUUGUACUAUAAAGUGAGUUUUGAGGGCCUAUAAAAGAGUUUAAAUUAUGGGAAGCUAGAGUAUAUUCAUGAUAUUGAUUGUUAAUGUUCAUGCAGCUGUAUUUUAGUACUGUUUGAUACUAGAAGUUUCGUCAUUUGUAUUAUAGACAAGUGGAAUUUCCAGCAUGCCAACUGCGAAACUCUCUGCUGAAAUAAAGGGAAACUACGAACAAAUUUUAAUACUUAUUGGCAAAAGGGCUAUUUAUCCUGAUUCCCCGUACAAAGGUAGACUAACAGGAUGGAGAAAUAUGUCUUUUGCAUUAAUAAUAAUAAAGAAUCUAACUUCUGAUGAUUUUACAAACUACAAAAUAACUGUUGGGGAUACUUCUCUACAACAUGAUGUGGAGUCUGUCAAAUCUCUUCAAACAGGAGGCAAGAUAUUUUUAAUAUAAAAUCAUAGGGCGUUUUCCAAUCAAAUAUACAGACGAGCAGCCCGUUAUAAUUCUUUGUUUGCAAUGACGUAAUUUUGAGAUUUCAGUUGCAUGACGGGCAGGUGUAACAAAAACCGGCUAUUUUAAUGUAUUUUUCGAAUUCAGAGACGGUUUAAGACUCAAAAGAUGAAUUACCGUUCAGUUUUUCUUGCUACAACCAUUCUGAUAGGAGAAAAAUCAUCCACAAUUUGUUUGAUUGCCCAUCAUUUGGAGAAAAGUCACGUGAUUGCGAAUUUGCGACCCGUCCUUAGCCGUAUUGAAAUUUAUUGAAAGUAAAUGUCAUACGAAGCUCGUCUUAGAAAGCUUGGCUGUAAGGCGGGCGUCCACUGUAUAAACAACUUUGCCAAUGUUUACUGUAACAAGUACACUUGUUGAAAACCUAGUAUGCUUUAUUACUUUUGAACUGUAUAGAUGGGUCUGAAAAAUACAAAUAAAACCUCGACGUUUCGAGCGAAGGCUCUUCGUGGGAAAGUUAGUAGACGAAGGGCCUCGCUGGAAACGUCGAAGUAUUACUUGUAUUUUUCGUGUAGUUGAAUCCCUAUGCAUCUACAGUUUUUGUCACUAUACCUACGCUGGCACAGACCGUUACAAUUUGACAAUUUAUUAAUUCUUUCUGCGUAUUUUCACCGUAUGUACACGAAUUAUUUUUUAAUUUGAACAUAGUGAAACCGACAAAGCCAAAAAUAACGUGUGUUGGAGAACAAGGAAUGGUUUUCAAUAUAACAGUAAGAGAAGGUGACGAUCUAGAGUGUUCAUGUUUUUCCGAAGGAUCACCUUCGCCAACUAUUCUGUGGGCGUUACUCAUGGAGGGAAAAGUAAUGGAUCUAUAUUGAAGAAAGAGAAAAUAUCAAGAAAUGAAACAAAUAUAUACACAUGUGUUGCAAACAAUCAGUAUGGAUUUCACAAUCAAUCUGUUCUUGAUGUCAAAGUUCAACGUAAGUUAGGUACUAGGUAGGCACACUUGCAGGCUGAUGUAAGUAGGGGGUACAUACUUGGGUAGUCGGGAUAUAGGUAAGAGUAGAUAUAGGUAAAGGUGGGUGAACUGUAGAUGGGUGUAGGAGUUAAACCACAGGGAAAUACAAGUAAAGCUUCGAUGUUUCGAGCGAAGGUCCUUCAUCGGGAAGUUAGUGACAAGACUAUAGUCCCAAUUGCCACUCAAUCCAUUUACAAUUAAUUUACAGAAUCUUUGCUGUGUUUAAUGCAUGGGCAAAAUAUUACAUUAGUAUAGAAACACAUUUCUGUUUCAAAUGUAAAACGACGUGAAUUACUGUGUCAGUGUGUGAGGUAUCUAUGUAACAUUUAUCUCAUUGCAGACCCACCGAGUCUUUUUCGAGUUACUUCAUCAAGUGAAAGUUCAUAUAUUGGUCAGAUGGUAACAUUCACCUGUACUGGAGAUGGUGAUCCAGUACCAGUGUACUCCUGGAAGACACCAGAUAACCAUACUUCAACUGGUAAUAAUACUUUGGUUGUACUGUUACACAGUUCUCGUCAGUUUGGCAUGUAUACGUGUAUCACAAGUAAUCUACAUGGACACACUACCAGGAAUAUAACACUGAAACAAUUAUGUAAGUAA